CAUAAUUGCUGAUUUUUCACUCUAUCUCUCUUUCCACUCUCUAAAAAAAAUUUGAAGUACAUAAUUUUGUGAUGGAAGGAGACAGGGAUAGAUCGUCUCUCUCAUGAUCUCUUUCUGCUUGGUGUUAGAACCAAAGAAAGAAGAAAAACCAGUAAAGGGCAAAGACAAAACAACCAAACCCAUAUAACAAACAGCAAAAUAAAAUAAAUAUUGUAGAGCAAAUGAAUGGUCUUACACAUCUUGAAUCAGAUUACUCAGAGUUUGUUGAAAUUGAUCCCACUGGAAGAUAUGGCAGAUACAAUGAAAUCCUUGGCAAAGGAGCCUCAAAGACAGUUUACAGAGCAUUUGAUGAGUAUGAUGGGAUUGAAGUUGCUUGGAACCAAGUCAAGCUCUAUGAUUUCCUUCAAAGCCCUGAAGAUCUUGAGAGGCUUUACUGUGAAAUCCAUUUGCUGAAAACAUUGAAGCACCACCACAUUAUGAAGUUCUACACUUCUUGGGUUGAUACUGCAAAUAGGAACAUCAAUUUUGUGACUGAGAUGUUCAGUUCUGGGACUCUAAAACAGUACAGGCAAAAGCACAAGAAAGUGAACAUUAGAGCAGUGAAGCAUUGGUGCAUACAGAUCUUGACAGGGCUUCACUAUCUCCAUAGCCAUGACCCCCCAGUCAUCCACAGAGAUCUCAAGUGUGACAACAUCUUUGUCAACGGCAACCAAGGGGAAGUGAAAAUAGGCGAUCUCGGCCUCGCUGCGAUUCUUCAAAAAUCCCAUGCUGCCCACUGUGUUGGGACACCUGAGUUCAUGGCUCCAGAAGUAUAUGCAGAGGAAUAUAAUGAAUUGGUUGACAUUUAUUCUUUUGGAAUGUGCUUAUUGGAAAUGGUCACCUUUGAAUAUCCAUACAGUGAAUGCACUCAUCCUGCCCAAAUCUACAAGAAAGUCAGCUCUGGGAAAAAACCAGAUGCAUUGUACAAAGUGAAGGAUCCAGAGAUACGACAAUUUGUUGAAAAAUGUUUGGCUACUGUGUCACUGAGGCUCACCGCGAGGGAGCUUCUUGAUGACCCUUUUCUCCAGACUGAUUAUUGUGAAUCUGAUUUAAGACCAAUAGAUUACCAGAGAGAAAUGGAUGACAUGGACCCUUUCUUAAGGCAGCUGCCUCGUCUCGAGCUUGAUUAUGAAGGAAAAACGUAUAGCAACGGCUCCUAUAAUGGCUAUACAAAUGGCACUGUUGCCUUUGAAGCCCAGAAUGGAUGGGAAUACCAUUCAAAUGAGAUCAAACAAAGUGGAAUUGAACUUUCUGAGUACAAUGAUGAUGAACACGAUGAUCAUUCUGGCAAUGUUGACAUAACCAUCAAGGGGAAGAGGAGAGAAGACGACAGCAUCUUUCUAACACUCAAAAUUUCAGACAAAGAAGGACAUAUCCGAAACAUCCACUUCCUCUUCGACAUUGAAACAGACACAGCAUUAAGUGUUGCAACUGAAAUGGCUGCGGAGCUGGACAUAACUGAUCAAGAUGUGACUAAAAUAGCUGAUAUGAUGGAUGGGGAGAUCACUUCAUUAGUACCCGAGUGGAAUCCUGGGAUAGGAAUCAAAGAAACGCCCCGCUUUGCCAAUUCAAGCUUCUGCCACAAUUGUGCCUCCAACUGUACCUCUACGCAUUCUGUCAUGAACUUUCCACAAUGUUCUGGGAAUGGAUGUGCAUCUAUGCAUGGCCGGUUUGAAGAGAUCACGUAUCAAGUUGAUGGACAUGGGCAUUUUGCUUCUUCACAAAGCGUAAAUAAUCCAAGGUUGUCAAGCCAGGCCAACGGUUUCCAUUCUAUGGAAAUUUGGGAUCACCGCGAAAGCCUUGAGUGUAGCUCACUAGGCUCCAGAGAGAGCCACUCUGACGAAGAACACAAAAAAAUGGAUCUAGUAAAAAGUAAGAGAGGGGGAGAAAUAAAGCACGACAUUGCAUCUUUAUCAGGCUCCCAUUAUUCCACCGCGAUUCCUUCACCAUGUCGUGAUCUUUCAGAUGAUUAUGAGCUUGAAAUUCAGCAAGAACUGAGAUGGCUUAGAGCAAAGUACCAGAUAGAACUGAGAAAACUAAGAGAUCAACAGUUAGGACUUGUACCACAAUCUCCAAGACUUCAUUCAAAUUCAUCGCAUUCAGUGUUGAACCCGUUACAAGGUGAGAUUAUCAUGAAAUCUCGGGCCAAUGAGAGAGAUUGUGCCAUUUCAGAAGCCCAAGGGGCCCGAAAAUGGGAGGCUGGCAAUGGAGGCUCUCCAAAUGCAGAGAAUAUGGUUACUGCCAAGAGCUUCUGCAUAGGGUCAUUGCUUCCAAACACUAUUCAUAGGACAACAUCCCUACCAGUUGAUGCUGUUGACAUGUAAAACCCCCCAAAAAAAAGUAUUCGAGAAUUUUAUUCAGAAAAACAGUGUGCUUUGAAUUCUUGCUAAACGUGGUUUCCAUUCUGCAAGAAUUGAAUUUGAUUUUUCUAUUUAAAAUUACGGAUACUUUUUUUUGGAUAAUUAGAAUUAUUGAAGAAGAAAAUGGUGUGCAUAUGGAGAAGUGACCAGAUGCGUUAGUUCUGGUUCAUAAUUCGGUCCGAACAACAUUACUUUCAAAGGAUAAUGAUGUGCACACCAAGAAUUUAUCCACGAAACCAAUCACGUGGUGAGUUAUGAUUGCUUUAUCGGUUUGAUUAGAUGGUUUUGGUUCAUAAUUGGGUUUUGAACAACAAAGAAAAAUGACGUGCACACUGAGAAUUUAUCAUGAAACCGAUCACAUGGCGAGUUAAGAUU